ACCAGCUAGCUGAGGACUCGAACCCCUUAACCUGUGUGCAUCUGUGUGUGGGUGUGCGCUAGCUGUCGCGAAUACAGGGCAGGAGUGUGCCGUUCCUGUGCGCCACCACGACCGUCACAGUGUAGAAGAAAGCAGGUCAGUAUCUGCCGCAGAAACACAACACAUCCCGCAGAGAAAUGAGCAGACGACCAGUGGCUGGAGAAGUCGUCACAGUGCCGUCUGUUAAAUGAACUUACAUCUUGGACGUCUGUUGCAAGAUGGAUCAUUCUGCAUCAGACACAGAGACCGAUGACUACGAGCAGCCUUUGUUGCAUCGCAAAGAAGAAAAUGCAGAGAAAGCUCCCGCCUGCGGAUCAGCUCGCUACGGGCUGUCCGUGUUGGCAUGCUAUGGCUUCUUUGUGGCAUACGCCCUGCGGGUCAACCUAAGCGUGGCCAUGGUAGACAUGCUCAACACUACCAGCUCCAGCAAUGCCAGCAAGUCAGUCUGUCCUAGGCACAGCAGCCCAGAGAGACCCAAACACAACCAUACUGCUAGUGUCUACGAAUGGGAUUCUGAGACACAGGGUUGGAUCCUGGGAUCAUUCUUCUACGGGUACAUAGUGACGCAGGUACCUGGGGGGUACCUGGCACGCAAGUAUGGCGCCAAGUGGCUUCUGGGCAUCGGCAUCUUGGGCACUGUGAUUUUUACCCUGCUCACGCCCUUGGCAGCAGACCUGGGGGCGGGCUACCUCAUUGCUGUUCGAGUGCUGGAGGGCAUUGGGGAGGGGGUUACAUUUCCUGCCAUGCAUGCCAUGUGGGCAUCCUGGGCCCCUCCACUGGAACGCAGCCGUCUGCUCACCAUGUCAUACACAGGUGCUCAGUUGGGGACUGUGGUUGCCCUGCCGUUGUCUGGCGUGAUUUGUUUCUACCUUGACUGGACGUACGUCUUCUAUGUAUUUGGAGCUGUUGGGUUGGUCUGGUUUAUACUCUGGACUGCACUCGUGGCCAACACACCCAGCACACAUCCCAGGAUAUCAGAACGAGAGAGGCUCUACAUCGCCUCUUCACUCAGACAUGAGCUGUCUCCAACCUCGGAUUACAUACCCUGGCGGUCCAUUUUGACAUCCAUGCCAUUGUGGGCAAUAGUGGUCGCCCAUUUCUCUUACAACUGGACAUUCUACACCCUGUUGACCCUGCUUCCGACCUACAUGAACGACAUACUUGGCUUCAGUAUCCAACAGAAUGGGAUGCUGUCAGCCUUACCGUACCUAGGCUGUUGGAUACUGGCACUACUGGGCGGUCAGCUGGCUGACUACCUGAGAGAAACCUGUCAAUUCCGCACUGUGGCCGUGCGCAAGGCCUUUACUCUAAUCGGGAUGGUAGGGCCGGCGGUGUUCCUGAUUGCUGCAGGCUACACAAACUGUGACUAUGUCCUUGCAGUGGCCUUCCUCACCAUCUCCUCAUCACUGGGUGGCUUGUCUGCCUCUGGCUUCAAUAUCAGCCACCUAGACAUCGCACCCUCUUAUGCAGGAAUUUUACUUGGAAUCACCAACUCCUUUGCCACCAUCCCAGGAAUGGUUGGACCAGUCAUAGCAAGAACGCUGACAAAAGGAAACACUAUUGAGGAAUGGCGCGUUGUGUUCUACAUCUCGGCUGGGAUCAACCUGUUUGGUGCAGCCUUCUUCACCCUGUUUGGGCAGGGGUCAGUACAACCAUGGGCACUCCAUUCUCAGUGAAGCUCAAGGUGUGGGAUGCUCUCGCCAUUAAAGGAGGAUGCAUGUGGUAUGACCAAAUUAAUGGACACUGGACACUGGGAUCAGUAAUGGCUAGAUGUUCUAUUCGCACAAUUACCGAAGGAGAUUUACAUGUUGAAUUUUUGUUUAUAAAAUGUCCAUUUUUAUGAUUUUCUAUGUGUGUAUGACGCCCUACAUCUCAAUCUCAUUUCUCACUCAUGGCAUUAUAUAUGUUUCACCAUUCCAAUGGGGGACGUUUCUCAUGGUUUUGUCCAUUCCUCAUGCUCAUCUGACAAAUCCUUGAGCGGAUUGAAGAUUUAGUAGAACAUUUGAGACUCCAUUUAUACUUGAGUUGAAUAAUGGUUUAAGGGGAACACCAAUGAAUUUCCAAUGUGAUAAUUGAUAGAAGGAACAGAUACGCCUACAGUAAUCUAAAACUUAACUGAGUUCUGCGGAAAAACAGAGGAACUUUCUGGGUCGACAUCACAUGUAAAUGCAUCCUGGCGUUCAAAGCAUCUAAAAGCCUCUUGAAGCUACAAUAUUGAAAAUGAAUUCGUUUGCUAUUAAUUAAAUAGUUUCAACUAUAUUACAUGCCUUAGAAAGUGCUGCUUUGUGCAGUGUGUUGAAAAUAGUAGUUUGAAAAAAACUGUGAAGAUAUGGCUUUGCCAUCAUCUCAGGAUAUGGACUGUGAAGACAUUUGUAACUUCACUGAUUGCAUGAUUGAAAGCCAAAGCAACUUUGAUGUUGUCAAAGUAAUAACCUUUGGAUUAAAUCACUACUAUCACUAGGCAGUUCCUUACCAUUCAGGGAAUUCCUGUUUCCUCUGGAAUACUCAGGUUGCUGACGUUCCUGUAAAGAUCUCAGAUAAACUGAACUCAGCAUAUCAAUUGAAAUGUUCUGAUGUGUUGAAGGAUGAUUGGUGUUCUCCUUUGAUGUUUGGCAACCAUAACACAUCUAGCCUCAUCAUAUGGCCCUUAUUGUACUGAAACAGAACUAGGUAGGAGGAGGUAUUAUGUUCUAACUGAAAGUAUGCCAAAGGCCAUCUAACCAAAAGCAUUCUCUUGUGUGUCUUUGUGGGUGUCCUUGAAUGUGUCAAGCACUUUUCAACUGGAGGUCACCCAUCACCAUGUAGCAGCAAUCAUCACAGUGGGCCAUAACAUUAUUGCUUUAGAUUUCCACAAACUUUGUUUUUAUUUACGGAAACGUUUAGCACACACAUAGUGCUGGUGGUCCAUUAGGUUGGGUAGUGCAAGCAGCAGCAGAUCUUUGAUAAGACAUCUGCUUGGUCUGGUUUUAGUAGUAGUUGCCCCAUGGAGGUAAUUGUCUGGUCAGGUAUCUUAUAUCGCCUCUCAAGAUGUGCCUUAAUUCAGCAAGCAGUAUGCACUUUUGGUUGCUCCUAAUUCAGACAAUCAAUACUGAACACAUAUCUUUGGUGUGCUACUUCCUUCCAUAUAAUCAGAUGUAUCCUGUUGUGCCCAGGCAUAUUAUUUUAUUCUUCAUAAACACAGUUUCUCAAAAAUACUUGUUAUUGUACUGCGCUGAGUUCACCAAAUUGUUUGCACAAAUCUAUCACUACAUAGAUUAAUAAAAUAUUGCAGACUGAAUUUUAGCCACGAAUGUUCCAGCGAGCAUGUGCUUCACUCAUGCCUGGGGUCAAGGACUUUAGAUUUAAAGCAGGAUAGCUCAGGUGAAUUUUUGACCGGCCCUUUUCUUUUUUUUUUCUUUCAGUCGCCUUUCUCUGGUCCAGUGUUGUGUGUACAUUUCCGGUGAGGGGUUAGCCACCAGUGUAUUUGAAUAUUAUCACUCUGAAUAAGUGCGAGUGUUUGUUCCAUUCAGGGAGUGUUAUAUAAUUAGUUAAUUGGACUUGUGGCCCCAGUUUAAAGCUGUUAUUUUAACUAUCUGAGAUCAGAAGGGAAGGAGUUUAACACUCACAUUUUAAAAUAAUUUGCUAAUUUAAUAGAUUGCAUUUGUUUACAUUUUAUUUGAAUGUCUAUUUUAUAUGUUUUAAUUGAUGUCAUUGUAACAUUGUCAUGUUCUGAGUUGGAAGGAUGGUCAUUUAUUUGUUAGCCCCCAGUACUGAACUUGAAAAACUUUAUAUGAGCAAUGAUUUUACAAUCUGUAGCAGUUGCAACAAAUGCUGGUAUUUUAAUGCCACAGCCAGUUUGUAACCAUGGGAAUGAGAUUAAAGACCAAUAUAUCUGCA